UGUCCCGGGACAGUUUUCUGACGGACGCGUCUUCUGUGCACCGAAAAGCUCUGUGAAAGGUCUCAAGACAAUGAUGGUUAUUAUGACCACUACUCCUUUCUAUGACAUCAAUGCAACGCUGUCGAGUGAAAACAGCUCCCUGGGUGAGGAUUUGUAUGAGGACUACAAGGAUGAGUAUGCUGAAGUCAGACAGUCCCUGAACAUCAUGUCUCUCAUCGUUUACUGCCUUGCUUUUGUGCUCGGGGUGUUGGGAAAUGGAGUGGUCAUCUGGGUGACCGGGUUCAAAAUGAAGAAAACAGUCAACACAGUUUGGUUCCUCAACCUGGCUGUGGCUGACUUCCUCUUCACAGCAUUCCUGCCUCUGAGUGUGACAUACACGGCCAUGGACUUCCACUGGCCUUUUGGCAAAUUCAUGUGCAAACUGAACAGCACCGUGAGCUUUCUGAACAUGUUUGCCAGUGUCUACAUUCUGGUGGUCAUCAGCGUGGACAGAUGUGUGUCUGUGGUGUGGCCAGUCUGGGCCCAGAACCACCGAAGUGUACGCAAGGCGUCUUUUGUGAGUCUGGGUGUUUGGGUCCUGGCUCUGGUUCUCAGCACUCCCUACUUCAUCUUCAGAGACACUGGGGCAUCAUUUCAUGAUGAGGACAUUAUCAACUGCUUCAAUAACUUUGCAUUCUCCGAUGACUAUGAAACACCGGCCGUGGUUGAGCUGCGACAGUUUCGGCAUCGGGCCAUGAUCAUUACCCGUUUCCUUCUAGGAUUUGUGGUCCCGUUCACGAUCAUUGUCUCCUGUUAUGCUGUGAUAAUCCAUCGCCUGAGGAGGAACCGUUCCCUGGCCAGCCAGUCAAGUCGCCCCUUCAAAAUCAUUGCUGCUGUUAUCACUGCUUUUUUCCUGUGCUGGGCUCCCUACCACAUCAUGGCUCUGAUUGAGAUGGUGAAUCACAUGGCGGCUGAGUUCAGUGAAACAUUAGACCAUGUCACCACCAUUGGGAUUCCUAUAGCUACCAGCCUGGCCUUUCUCAACAGCUGCCUGAACCCCCUGCUGUACGUGUUCAUGGGCCAAGAUUUCAAGGAUAAAGUUCGUAAAUCCAUCCUGAAGGUGCUGGAGAGUGCCUUCCAGGAGGAGGUGUCUCGAUCCAACACCUACACAAACUCAGGGUUCACCACUCGCAGCAAAGAGAAGUCCUUUUCCGAUGCUGAGGUAUAGAGGUGCUUUGAGAUUGACACCAACGAUUGUAAAUAGCGCUAAUUACCUCAACGUUUUAAACCCUUAAGGCUAUAUAUUUUCUACACAUUCUUUGCAACUGAAAGAUCGAUUAAAUAUAUUCAAAACAAUAUACUAGCAUAUGACUUCUGAAAACAAUAUUGUUCUGAAAUUUUCAAGGGUGAGGUGUUCAGAAAACAUAUUUUACGUUAAGUGUAUGAAUAUGUAAUGCCUGGCAGAAUACAAUGUUAGUAAGCUAAGUUUAAUAUAGUCGAUAUGUUACACAUGAUCUCUCAUCUUCCUUGAAGAUAUCUAUCCAUUCUGAUAUUUACUUACAUUUAAAAAUGGAUUGGUGCCUGUAGUGUGUUAUCACAUAACUUUUGGACCACCUUGUCUCCAGAUUCGGUAGAAUAAUGAAGCUAAAUAAUAAACUUCACUUUUAAUGAUUGUAACUGUAAAAAGAAAAAUACUAAUCCCAUUAUAUUCCUCUAUUACCGAACCUUCCCACAUGAUCAAGCCACUGAGAAGUGCACUUGCCAAACUCCAUGUAUGACUCUGGUUGUGUUCAUGUGAUAUGAGCCUGUUUCUGUAGUUGGUGUUCUAUACAUAUACACAUUUACAAAUACAUAACAUUAUUAUUAUGAUUAUGAUUAUUUUUAUUGUUUCUUUAU